AUGACUUAUGACGGUGCAAGUACUCUGUUGGUGAUCUUGUAUGCCAUGACAUCCUGUUUUGCAGGCAUUGCUGUCUAUCAUGGCGAAAGUGAUCCAUCGAAGACAAGAAACAAGCUAAUUGCAAUUCCAAACGCUAGUUCUUCUACUCCAAAUUAUGAUGGCGAUAUCGUUUUUCGUAAUUCCAUUUAUUCAAGGUUGAUAAAGGUGAAAUUCUUUUUAACAAAACAUUGCGCAUUACUUAGCGGAAUAGGUCAAGGCUUUUAUAUCAUUUAUCGUCAUUACAGUGGAUUGCCAAUUUCAUCUGUUUCGGAAAAAGCUUUCGCUUUCAAUUUAUUCGCGAUACUUUCAGGAGCAAUGCGUAUAUGGUGCUAUCAGACUUUGAAGAAAUCUUUCACAUUUGGUCUCAAAGUAUCCGAGGAUCAAAAGCUAAUCACUACCGGUCCUUACAGAUAUCUUGCACAUCCUAGCUAUACAGCAAUGCUGAUAUCCGCUUGGACUCUUGCAGGCGCUCUUAUGGGUCCCUACAACGCUUUCUUAGAUGGGCUAUCAACACGCCCAUUUGUCAAUUCAACCUUCCUUAAAGUGAUAGGUCUCGAUAAUCUGCAUUCCGUCUUCUUAACAGUCAAUCUGACCAUUUCGGCGUACGUAAUUGUAGUGUUCACUUCGCUACUCUUACUUUUUCGUAUCCCGAACGAAGAAGCAAUGAUGAAAGCUCAUUUCGGAAAACGGUAUGAUGACUUCUUGAGCGAACGAUGGAGGUUGAUCCCGUUCAUAUACUAA